GUGGGUUGCAGACUCUCCGGGUGACUACUUCAAAAGAAAACAAUUUAUCAUUGUGAAAGUUUUUUUUUUUGUUUUUAAAGACACUUGAUUAGUUUGAUGUAAAGUUUCAAACAAUGUCCAAUCGCACCUGUUCUGUUCAUGGAACUCUGCCGUACCUAAAAUUAAGAAACAUGUAAGGAAGAAAGAGUUAGCGCUGGCGCUGAGUUAAUUAGCUGGAGAGCAUGCGCGCGCUGAUUAAGUAGAUUUCUGGGAGUCACUCCACUUUACUUCAUUAUGGUGGACAAGGGUCCUCUUCUGACUUCGGCUAUUAUUUUCUACCUGUCCAUUGGGGCAGCAAUAUUCCAAAUCCUGGAGGAACCGAGCUGGGAGAUCGCAGUAAAUCAUUAUAAAGCAGAAAAGGAGAACAUUUUGAAACAACACCCAUGUCUUACAAAGGCUGACCUGGACCACAUCCUUGAGGUGGUGUCUGAUGCUGCAGGACAUGGCGUCACUAUAACAGGGGAUAAAACCUUUAACAACUGGAAUUGGCCCAAUGCCGUCAUCUUCGCGGCUACAGUUAUCACAACUAUUGGUUACGGAAAUAUUGCCCCCAAAACAUCAUCUGGGAGAAUUUUUUGUAUUUUUUAUGGGCUUUUUGGAGUGCCGCUGUGUUUUACUUGGAUCAGUGAACUUGGAAAGUUUUUUGGAGGACGAGCUAAACACCUUGGGCAAUAUCUCACUAAGAAGGGGGUAACACUGCGGAAAACACAGUUCACCUGCACAGCCAUUUUUCUGUUGUGGGGCAUGUUGGUCCAUUUGGUGAUCCCUCCAUUUGUCUUCAUGUCUCAAGAAGGUUGGACUUACAUUGAGGGCUUGUACUUUUCAUUUGUAACUUUGACAACUAUUGGUUUUGGUGAUCUUGUAGCAGGUGUUGACCCAAAUGCUGAUUACCCUACUCUUUAUCGCUACUUUGUGGAGGUGUGGAUUUAUCUGGGUCUGGCAUGGCUCUCUCUGUUCUUCAAUUGGAAGGUUCGCAUGGUUGUGGAGGCUCAUAAAGCUCUAAAGAAGCGGCGUAAAAGGCGCAAACUUUCUUUGGAUGAACUAGAGCACUAUAAGGAGAGCCAUAAGUCCCUUCUGCCACCAACCCCCAAUGACGUCAACAUAUUCAGCUUUUUAUCCAAGAAAAAAGAGGGUUACAAUGACCACAUUAAGCAGAUAGGUGUUGAGAAAGAAGGAGAAGGGCAUUGUGUCAGCUCCAUUACUGGUAACAAGUCUAAAGCACCAAACCGCUCAAAAAGCUGUAGUGAUGCUUUUUCCAUUAAUGGAAAUGCCAUCCUCCAUUUAGAUCGCUCACCUCGGCAGAAGCGCCGUUAUAGCUUUAGUGAUAGAGUUACUGUGGCCCUCUCAAAAUCCAAGAACUACCUUCUUGUCCGAGAGGAAUGUCUUCUCAUGAAUGAGAUUCAUGGGGAAGGAGAGCAAGAUACUGACCUGGAACAAUUUGUUGAGAAUCAGUUGGACAAGGAAGCAGGAGAGGACCACAGAGGUCUCAGAUCUGGAGGCUGCAUCAUGUUUCCCAAUGCCAACAUCACUUUCAUUGAUGAGGAGAACUUGCUGAACCACAACCUGGAGGAUUGUAAAGAUGACACUGUGCCUAGGUUUUCAACCUCAGAUGAGAACUUUGAAUCUGAGACGGACUCCAAAGAGGAACUGGGCUCUGAGUCAGAGAGCUCUGUAUUCACCACAGAUGGGUCGGACCACGGCCAUUCCUAUGAGCAACUGGUGGAAGAAUAUUUCAAAGAGGACAACACUGACGCUUGAUCUUAUUAGUCUUUUCAAGCAAGUUUAAAAAUGAUUGUACAAAUUAGAUUCUGUGAAAUUACUUUUUGUUAGUGUUAUGCCAAGCCACAUUGGAUAUUGCAACAAGAACAAAAGACGCAUGAGUCUUUCUUCAAAAUGUCUAUCCUGACAAAAAUGUUCACUUAUAAAUAAAUAAACUAUAGGCAACUGUUGGCAUAGAGAAUUUUUAUCCAUAAACAUAAUAAACUAAUAUAUUAGCUGCUCUAGUCUAACAGGUUUUUUUAUUUAUUGUAUGGCAAAAAAAAACAAUUGUGUUUCUAAAUUGUCUGAACUGCAGGAUUGGUCGUUGUAUGUCUCUGAUUGACACUGAACUGGUUCAUAGGAAAAAAAACUAUAUGGACUGGCCAUUUGCAUGUUUUUUUUUUUUUUUUCCACCAUAUUGGUGUUUUUUUGUUUGUUUUUUUUAAGAUUAUAUAUGCCAUUUAACUUUUGUCAAAGCUUAAUCUUAUUGCAGCAUUGGCUUUUUUUAAGGUUGAGAAUUAAUUACUUUUUUUUUUAUUUAUUUUUUAUUCAGGCAUUAUUUUUAUUGCUCCUCAGUUGUGUUUGUGAGUUCCUGUCAUGCUUUUAGAAGGAUUAUCUCAAAACGUAUGAUGUCUUGGACUGUUUAGUCACCGAAGACCAUUGUUGAUUCAACCAAGAUACUUUAAUAUUUUUGUGGUAAGUGAAAUGAUAGGAAAUUAAACUUCCCCUCUGUUUGUAGUCUGCGAGGUUUAGUUUUACUAACCACCGAUUUAGUGUCUGACUCAUUUGAAUGUUUAAAAUGUUUUACAUGGAAGUGGCUAACUCACUGUACUUUUAAUGUCCCAUGAAAAAUAAAAUUGACAUCCUGGUUGUAGUUCCCCACUGCUAAAUCUUAGCAAUGUGUUUUUCACACUGACUUUGUCUCACAUCACUGAAUGACCGUAUUGUUCAGAGACCUGCAUCCUGGGUCAAUUUCCUGUUGUAGUUGUAAUUAUAUUGUUUGCAUGUCAAGGGUGUUAUAAAGACAAGCUCUCAAAAUCAAACCUGUAUAUGUCUCUUGUAGAAAGGUUUUUCAGUCUUCAAAAAUGUAAACAUCGAAAACACCCCUAUAGUUAUGUAUUCUAAUAUUCAGUUCUGAUGAAUUC